AUGUUCUCCAAGCUCACUGUCUUCGCCACGCUUGCCCUCCCUCUUCUUGCGGCCGCCACACCCACUGCCAGGAAUUCGCAGCCCACCACGGCGUGCUGUGACAGCACCGAGUCUGCCAACUCUGCGGCGGGUGCUGCCAUCCUCGCCGGGCUGGGCGUCGUCGUGCAGGACGUGACCGGUCUCAUUGGCCUGGACUGCAGCCCGAUCACCGCCGUGGGUGUCGGGGACGGCAAUGCAUGCAGCAGCCAGACUGUCUCCUGCUCUAAUGGUAUCAUCGGCGGCAUUGGCAUUGGCUGCGCCCCCAUUACCCUCUAA